AUGGAGCCAUCGGAAAUAAGGUACCAGUGCAGCCUCUAUGCCGAUGAUGUCAUUCUAUUCAUCAGGCCAACUGUGCAAGAAGCGAUGGCCGUAAAGGAGAUACUGGAGGUUUUCGGGCAGGUGUCUGGGCUCAAAACGAACCUGGCCAAAUGCUCAGUGACUCCUAUCUUUGGCGGGGAGGAAGCUAUUGACGAGAUCGUGGCUAUUCUUGGAUGCCAAGUGCAGGAAUUCCCCAUCAAGUACCUCGGUCUACCACUCAGUACCAGAGCUAUACCCAAGCAGCACUACCAAUCUAUGGUUGAAGCGGUCGCUACGAAACUGCCACCAUGCCACGGCUCUCUUAUGGCACGCAGUGGAAGGCUUGUAUGGAUUAAAUCAGUUCUGCGAUCAGUACCGAUCUAUGCUAUGAUGGCUGAGAACCUGACAGGCUGGGCAAGAAAGGAAAUCGACUCCAUCUGCCGAAAAUUCUUCUAG